AUGGACACGAGUAAGAUCAAUCUGGUGAUUGACGUGAUCGAUAACGCUCUGAACGAUGAUACCAUGUUAUGGUACCCUUUGUUCAGCUGGGCCGAAAAAAAAACGGGAGUCAGCCGAUUCAGAUUGUUGCUGGUUAUAUUAUGUGUCAUAUCGUUGAACAUAUUAUUCAAAGUUGGAUUGAUAUUCAUCAGCAACACGGUCAGCUUCGUGUACCCGGCUUACCAGACGAUCAAAAUAUUGGAGACACAGUGGCCACUGUGGACAUUUUCCAACAUACAAAGCAUUCAAUGGUUAAUGUAUUGGAUGAUUUAUAGCGUGAUCAUGAUUUUAGAACAAUCGCUGAAAUUCAUCCUGGUGCUUGUGCCGUUCUAUCAACUCAUCAAGGCUGUGUUCCUCGUAUGGUGCUUUUUACCCAUCAAAAACAACGGAUCGAUAUUUAUUUACAGUGUAUAUCUUAUCAGAAGUCAUGAUUAUGAUUGA